AGCAGCAUUAGCUUAAAGUCGAAAAGGAAUCGACAGUCUUCUUCUGACUCCAAACCAAAUAGCAAAAAGAAACCCAGGAAAUCAUCCUCUUGUCUUAAGAUGGAUUCAGUUAAAGUACCACAGUCGCCGAAGAAUGGGUUGAGCUUUUGAAGAAUUCACCAAUGAUUGAGAUGACACGUCGUAAAAUACCCAAACAUCAAUUGGAUAAAGUUCCUACUCUUUCAUUGGAAGAUGAUGAUGCCAAGAGAGCUGCUUUGAAAGAAGGUUCUACAACUUCAGAUGGUCAAAGGGCAGUAGAGACGGUUAACCAAGAGGCACCAGUGAUGGAAUCUCAAGAAGUGACAUCAGGGACCCAAGAGAUAGAAGGGUCAGUUACCCAGGAGGCAGCAGCAGCUGUCACAGAGCAGAUAGCAGAGGUAGUUACUCAGGUGGCACCAGCAGAGGCACAUACUCAGGAAACACAAGCAGAGGCAGUUACUCAGGUGGCACCAGCAGAGACAGUUACUCAGGAAACACCAGCUGAGACAGCUACUCAGGUGGCACCAGUAGAGACAGUUACUCAGGUGGAACCAGCAGAGGCAGAUACUCAGGAAACACAAGCAGAGGCAGUUACUCAGGUGGCACCAGCAGAGACAGUUACUCAGGUGGCACCAGUAGAGACAGUUACUCAGGUGGCACCAGCAGAGGCACAUACUCAGGAAACACAAGCAGAGGCAGUUACUCAGGUGGCACCAGCAGAGACAGUUACUCAGGUGGCACCAGUAGAGACAGUUACUCAGGUGGCACCAGCAGAGGCACAUACUCAGGAAACACCAGCAGAGACAGCUACUCAGGUGGCACCAGCAGAGACAGUUACUCAGGUGGCAUCAGUAGAGGCAGUUACUCAGGAAACACCAGCAGAGGCAGUUACUCAGGUGGCACCAGCAGAGGCAGAUACUCAGGUGGCACCAGCAGAGGCAGAUACUCAGGAAGCACCAGCAGAGACAGUUACUCAGGUGGCACCAGCAGAGGCAGAUACUCAGGUGGCACCAGCAGAGACAGUUACUCAGGUGGCACCAGCAGAGGCAGAUACUCAGGAAACACCAGCAGAGACAGCUACUCAGGUGGCACCAGUAGAAACAGUUACUCAGGUGGCACCAACAGAGGCAGAUACUCAGGAAUCACCAGCAGUAGUUGUCCCACAGGAUGCAGCAGAGACUCUCACCCUAGAAACACCAGUGAUGGAACCACAAGAGAUGAAGGAGGCUGUUGCCCAGGGGGAAGUAAUUGAUGUCCCACAGGAAGUAGCAGAGAUAGCUACCCAGGAUGCAUCUGGAAUAGCCACCCAAGAAGCCCCAGCGACCACACUUGAGGAGACUGUGGAGGCUGUUAGCCAAGAAUCAGCAGGGCAAGUCUUACAGGAAUCGUCAUCUGAUGACUCUUCCCAACAAAAUUCAGAGACAGAAAAAUCUGACACAGAAAACGUAGAACACAAUGUGCCUUAUUUCAGGAACCUUGUGGUAUCACAAACUGAAAUACUAAACAACCUGUCUGAUGUUUGGGAGGUAGUUGUACCGACCCUCAGUGAAGAAGUUGAGGGUGACGUCCGCACAGUUAUUGGUCAAGCUAAGCUGCUCAUUUCACAACGUUUCCAUCAAUUCAUUGGUUUGGUUGACAACUGUGAAUUUAACACUGGCGAGAAGACAACCACAUGUGAAGAUUUGCAAGGGUUUUGGGACAUGGUGGAUUUCCAGGUGGAAGAUGUGAAGAAAAAGUUUGCUGAUUUACAGAAAUUGAAAGACAACAAUUGGCAGGCAGAAGAUGUUCCAUCGAUCAAACCUGUCAAGAAAAUCAAGAAAGCAAAGCCUGUUACUUCCAAGAUUUCGAAAGUGAAAGGAAAAUCAAAGUUUGCCCAAUUUAUCGCACAGAAGAAGAAAAUUGCAAAUAAUUCAACUGGGGGUGAUGCUGAUGAAGCAGAGAAGGAAGAAUCAGUUAAAGUAUUUGAUGGCCAUUUCUUCAAAGUGGAGAGUCCAGUUCGAUCACCAAAGCCGCAUUGUUUGGAUUCUCCCCGGAGUCCAGUUGUCAUGCCAGUUUUCACAGAGACAACCCAGGAACGGUCAGCAGACAUCCAGGCUGAUAUUCAUGAGAAAGACGACUCAGAUGAUAAAACAUUUCAAACAGUUGAGAUAGAGCCAAAGGAUAAAGAAACUGUGCAGAAUUCUUUUGACUCAGCAAAGGUAACACCUUUGGUUUCAAGACGUAGCUAUGUUCCAACUGUACCCAGCCCUCUCCUUCAAGAUAUAACUCCUGUGAGAAAGAGAGCAUCGACAAACCGGCGCUCACGUCUACUCGGUGAAACAGUGAACACUCCAGACAACUGUCAGCCAGUAUUGUCAUCUACAUCAGUUGAAAACGUUGAAAAGGAAAAUGAUGAAGUGUUUGUCCUCCAGUCACCACCAAGCAGAAGACGUUCUCAGAGAGUCAGCCGGAGACUUUCUGCAAUGGAAUCAUUUCCCAAAUCGCCCAGUAAAGAUUCUACAAACACCAAAGAUUGUGUACCGGUUGGACAGCUGGUUGAUUUGUCUGAACAUGCCAGUCUUAAUUGUGAAAGUACCACUGAGAAAAAGACCCCGGCAACAAAAAGAAGGUCCAGGGGUGGAUUGACGCCAGGGGCUCAAAGUGGCAGUCGUCGUUCCACACGGAUUGCAAGACUGUCUGUGUUCCAUGUUGAACCAUGUUCUACAAAAGUUGAGAAUCAUGCAGAUAUGAAUCUGAUAGACUUUCAAACACCCAUGACAUCAAAGAGGAAAAGUAUGAAAAGACCAAAGUCUGUUGCAUUUGCAGAUUCUGUUACAGAGGAGGAGGAGAACUGCUCGACACCUGCAGGUGAUUUGACCACAGUAUUAUAUCCCAUCAGCCCAAAUGUUGAUUGUACAGAGACCAUAGAGCAGAGUAGCAAAAAACAACCGAGAUUUGGAAAGCUGAAAGUUGGCUAUACACCAAUCCGUUCUCGUCAAAACCGGAGAAGUUCUCAACAGAUGGAGGAAGAUAACUGAGACACCUCUAGUUCCUGUAACACUUACUUUCCAUUCAAAAUAGUGCACAAGGCCCUCCAUAUUUUCUCUAAACAAAAUAUGGAAACCUUCAAUACAUUUGUCACAGUGUGAGUUGGUAUGAAUGUGAAACAUAAAUGUGACUCUUGACUGAUGAGUGAUUGAAAUCCCUUCUUUUUAAAGAAGAAAGAAAUUAUCCCAGAAUUUUUUUUUUUUUUUUUUUUACAAAAUCACGAAACAAACUUGAUGUUUUCUCAAAACAAUGUAUUCAUAAAAUAACACAAUUUUCUAAAUGUA